AUGGGAAAAGCCGCGCGACGGUCAGUUGCGUCAGAUCCGUCGUCGCCGACCUUACCCUACCACUAUCAACAAGAGCAGCAGCACCAGCAACAGCAACACCAUCAGCGGCAAGUGCAUCCGCAAGAGCACUUGUACUAUCCCUCAUCCUUGUCCUACUCCUCUUACACGCCCUCGUCACCGUCCUCACCGUCGGCGGCCUACGCGGCAGCGGACUCCUUCACCGGUGCUAGCUAUCCGGUACCGUCCCUCGCUUUCUCCUCAACCCCUGCCGGUCCACAGCUGCAGGCACCGAGAACCGCAACGCUCCAGUCGGCUCCACCGGCCUUUGGUUCCUCAUCGCUAGCACCGGGCGGGUCAGAACCCGGGUCCGGUACGAGCGGUCUCUUCAUCCAUUCGUCUACCGCGGCCACACCCAACAGCAACAUCACACCGGAGUUCAGCCCCACACCCCAAAGCAGCCCCUUAGCGUUUGCUGCUCGUGCAAGCGAACCCAGCAAGACCGGACCCCCGGUAACUGAGCCUAUCCAGCCCACCCAAGCCACCCUGUUACCGUCAUUUCGUCUCUCCAGCAACCAAACGCAGGUCGACCGGGAACGGGAACGGCUCAGGAUGGAGUUUUACGCUACGUAUGAUGUGAUGACCGGCGUACGGAUAGCGGCCACGCUCGGUGGUUUCUUCGGCCUAAUGGUGUUCCUCGUCAUCUACAAGAGCCGCACGCGGUCAACGGCUAAAGCACUCAAGGAUCCAACGAUAGCGGCAGUGGCAGCAGCUGUCAUACAGGAGGAGGAAGAACGUGAGCUACAGGAGGCAAUAGAGGCGACGGCAUUCUCGCUACUACAGGAAGAGCUAAACAUCAACUAUCCCGGACUGCAGCGGGACCGCUUACUGUCGCUCGGUAACAUCAGCGCACCGCCAAUGCUAAGCCGGGGCCGCCGAAUGUCCUCGAUUAGUGGCGGCUACAGCAGUCUGCUCAACCCUUCGCGACGCUUCUCGUACAGCAGUACGCGGGGGCACCGGAACAGCGUUUCGGUGUCCUCGCGGGUACUCAGUGCCUACAAUAUGGGUGGCAGCUUCGGUCAGGACGACUACGUGCUAGAGAGCGACGGUGAGGAGGCGGACGAUGAGUUUGAUCAGUUUACCACCACCGCCGAAAUCGGGUACCCGAGCAAUUACCUAUCGGUGCCGAACAAGUGCAACGAAUCUCGCCGCAGCAGUGCGAUGACGUGCUGCAGCACGGAGAGUUCCUUCCUCGAGCGGCGAUGUUCCGCCAUCACGCUCGGCCUUUCCUCCUUACCACCGAUAUCGCGGUCACCGUCGAGGCAGCAGAGCCGCGACGAUACGACCGACUGGGAACCGUUCUAUCCCGGCAUCAACAUCAUCGAAGCAACGCCCAAGUCGUCACCGUGCCCAAGUGAACGAAUCGCCCAUCGGAACCACAGCUCCAUGGACUCGGAACGGCCUUCCACCAGCCGGGGACGGUCGGCACAGCUGCUCACCGCUCAACCCUCGAGCUCUGGUGGGCCGCGUGUUGUAACAUCGAUGUACGAUGACAGUUCGAUCGAUUGCAUCUCGGAGUAUCCGAUCGGAUGCACCGUUGAGGACGGCUUCGGGUACCGUCAACGGCAACAGGCGUCCAACGCGCCGACCCGCCACUAUGCCAACGGGCGGCAGUCCGAGGAUGUUAGUUUAGCGAACGGCAGCGCACUGCACCAACCGCGUACGGUUAACGUUGCCGACAGUCGCAACGCCACCGUACACACGAAUACCAGUAGUAAUAGCGCAAAUAUUAAUCACAGCACCACGGUUCAUCCUAGCGGUGGUAGCGGUGGCGCAGUCCGACGCGCACCCUUAGCAUCGCUCAGUUCCUUCAAGAUGUCGUCGAUAGACUGUCAGGAUACGGAGCCGAAGAGCUGCGGUUCGGACUCGGUGUUCGGUGAGGAUAGUGGAGCGGACACGGACGAAGAUCUGCAGCAGUUCAGCACGGAUAGUGAUGAGCUGAGCCUAACCAUGCCGUACGAGGAUGAGGAUGAAUCGCACGAUCCUCACCAACGGGUACAGCGGGGUGGUCCAAGCCGUGGUGCACUGUACCGGCGACAGUCCACCUUGGCGCAGGGUGAAGACGAUGAAGAUGCAGACGAUGGGACCCUGCUGCCAAGGGACGAACGGCCCGGUGGGUCCGGUGACCGCACCAUGUACGAGAUUGAGCACGAGCUCAACGAUCGGCACCAGCAUCAGCUGCACCAGCCGACAACCGAUACUAGUUAUUUAAGUAGUCUUUCAAUUAGCCAACGCACCGGCCCCAAACCCGGUGCGGGCACGCGGCCAAGCGAACGGGGCGGACCGGGCGUGGGGAAACGUAUCGAAACGAAAGCAAUCAUCGAAAGACAGCAACCAAAUGACAACGGCGCCGGCUACAUCAGUAGCAGCAGCAACCAACCCAGGCAGUCACCGCUCGGGGCCAUACCGAAGGUGCCGCUCGAUUCGGACCGAAGGCGAGCGUCCGGUUCGACGCGCACCGCAACGUCAGCAGCGGUGCCACCAACCGUAAUGGUACAUCUGCCGGAUGACGAUCGACCGAGUGGCGGCAGUAGACGGCACACUAGCGAACCCGACAGCAGCACCGGCCGGCCGGGGUGUGCGGACGUGACGCGACAGCAGCAACAGUGCGUUGAGGUUAAUGUUAUCAUUAAGAACAGUAGCAGUAGCAACACCACCAUUAAAAGUCCUUCUGUGAUUCUGGAGCUACCGAUACUGGCGAUCGACGAGGACGAUGAUCCGUCCUCGUCCGCGCCAGCCCUGUCGGCGAACGAUCCCUGCAUUCCGGGACCCUCGCGCAAGUGGUCCAAGGAAACACUCUUCUAG